CUCCGUCUCUUUUAAAUACCUGAUGUACCCUCCCCAUCACCAGCGGAACAUUCUUCUAUUCGUGACUAAUCCACAUCAGCAUCAGCGCUCUGUCUGCUCUCUCUUUCAAUUUUGAAGCUCCACAAUUCGAACAUGUCGUUGAUCCCGAGUUUCUUUGGCGACCGUAGGAGCAGCGUUUUCGAUCCCUUUUCUCUCGAUGUCUGGGAUCCCUUUAAGGAUUUUCCUUCUCCUUCUGCUAUCUCAACUUUUUCCCGGGAAAAUUCUGCAUUCGUCGGAACUAGGAUUGAUUGGAAGGAGACCCCGGAAGCACACGUGUUCAAGGCCGAUCUUCCAGGGCUGAAGAAGGAGGAGGUCAAGGUUGAGAUCGAAGACAACAGUGUGCUUCAGAUAAGCGGAGAGAGGAACAUGGAGAAAGAAGACAAGAACGACACGUGGCACCGCGUGGAGCGUAGCAGCGGCAAGUUCUUGAGGAGAUUCAGGCUGCCGGAGAACGCCAAGAUGGAUCAAGUGAAGGCUUCCAUGGAGAAUGGGGUUCUCACUGUGACUGUUCCCAAGGAAGAGGUCAAGAAGCCUGAGGUUAAGGCCAUCGAGAUCUCUGGUUAAGAAUAAUGGAUGACAAUUCUCUGCUUAUGCUCUGCUUUUAUUCCUGGGUUUAUAAUCGUCUUCUUGGCGAGAAUUUCGCGUUUAUGCUACCGCUCAUGAAUGUUUGUCAUAUAUGUAAGAAAUAUUGAAUGUCUUGGAUGCUUGUAAUGUAAAGUUUCGCUUGCCACUUG